CACACCAUCGUAUCGGCAGGCGGAGUUUUUGAAUUGGGUUAUUUCAAGACUGGGAAAUACGACUCACCGUCGUCGAAGCCGUCACCCACCAGCCGUAGUCACCCGACAGUUCUGCUCAAGCUCAACUCUCCAAUUUCGAACGUCGUAGCCCUCAGGUGAUGAUUGUCGUACAUGUAUUUAUGGGUAAUAUGGGUACUCGUUAUCCGUCCCGUACGGGUAAUGGGUACCUGUUACCCAUAUGGGUUUGGGACAUGAGAUGGACUUUGGUGAUCUCCAAACGGGAUUGGGUACCCGUUUCAAACGGGACGGGUAUCCCGUCCCAUCCCGUUGCCCACCCCUAGUGAUAACCAACAUCAUCAUAAAAAAUCUAUACUGGUACAUGACAACAAUCAGUACAUGACUACCAAUUAGAGGUGGCAAUUAGGAUCCAAAUCCAUGGAUCCAAUCCAUCCACCAAAUUAUCCACCUGAUCCAAUCCAUUUGAUCUAAAUCCAAUUGGAUUGGUGGAUUCAUGAAUCAAUCCAUGGAUCCAAAUGGCAAAUUACGAUUUGGCACCUAUAUUUUUUAUAUUUUAUAUAUUGGUACCUAAAAUUUAUAUUUUUAUACGACAAAUAUCAUUGGAAAAUUACAAUUUGGUACAUAAAAUUUUGCAUUAUGACAUUUUAGUACCAAAACUUUUCAAAUUUUACAUCUUGGUCCAAACCUUGGAUGCCAUUUGGAUUCAUGGAUCAAUCCACCAAUCCAUUUGAUCCAAUCCAUGAAUCCACCAAUCCAUUGAAUCAAAUCCAUUUGAUCCAUUGAUCCAGCAAUCCAAUGCACGAAUCCACGAAUCCGAUCCAAUUGCCACAUCUACUACCAAUACCACUACGGAAAAAAGCAGUAGAACACUGUCUACUAUUACGGCAAUACCAUGAUUUUUACGAAAAGUCAGUUUGUUGUUUUUAGGAAUUAUUAGGUUUAUUAUUUGUGGCAAGUGUUACCAAGGAUAAAUUGCAAGAAAGGGGAAAUAGCAAAACAACUUUACCGAAACCAGGAAAUUGCAAAAUGGGAAAGGCAAACGUUAAGAGCAUAUUCCCUGCCUGAAACCCUACCCAAAGAAAAUAAUAGCGAACUUUGUUAUUACUUAUCACUAAACAAUAAAAAUAACAAAAAAAAUCUAUUAAUUAAUUCACGAAACUGCCUGCCCCGCAAGACAAAACAAAACAAAACAAAACAAAGCGGAAAACUCAGAAAAGUCGGUUUCAGUUUUAAUCACACCAAUUCUGACCCCCUUCACGUUCUUAUCCUCCUCCCCCCAUAACGGUGUUAACACGUCAUCUCCACUCGGGACGGUGACUUUUGGAUAAGGACUUUUCCUUUUAUCCUUUUCCCCCCCUUCUUUUCCGUUUUCCUGUUCUCUCCUCCGAAUUCAUUCAAUGGGUUUUUAUUAUAAAUAGUAAAUACAGUCCCCUCCUCCACAGCGCCUUCAGAUCUCAACAUCCCCACUUUUUCCUCCUUUCACAUUAUCCACAAGAAAUUAGAAAGAAAACAAUUUCCCUCCAGUUCCAAUUCAUUCGUCCUCAUUUCUGCUCACUGCUUCUCGAUUUUUUUUUUCCUUCUGCCUUUGGUUCGCGAGCUCUAAGGCUUUGAUUUCAUCGGGGGAAAAAAAAAAAUGGCUAGCGCGGCCGCGGCUAUGGGAAUGAUCGGAGGGAGCGGGUGUGGCGGAUCUUCCUCGACGUCCUGGUUCCGGAGCCGGAGAAGGGCGAGGAACAAUACCGUUACCGGAAGGAAUCAGAACUGUUCGCGAAUGUUGUGCGUGGCUUCAUCUUCCUAUUCGGUGAUGGAUCCUUACAAGACGCUGAGGAUCCAGCCUGGAGCUUCCGAAUCCGAGGUCAAAAAGGCCUUCCGUCAGCUCGCUCUCCAGUAUCAUCCGGAUGUGUGCAGAGGGAGCAAUUGCGGAGUUCAGUUCAGCCAAAUCAAUGAAGCCUACGAUAUUGCGAUAAGGAAUCUGAGGGAGGAAGCGUCCGAAGGGUAUGGGUCCUACUACGAGUCGUCGUCGGCGGCGCAUGGGCCGUCGGAUGAUGAAGAGGGAGAUGAGCCGUUGAGAGGGAUGGAGGAGGCGGAGUGGGACAUGUGGGAGGAAUGGAUGGGCUGGGAAGGGGCCGGAAUCAGGGACUACACUUCCCACAUCAACCCUUACAUUUGACAAUUGUGAGAUCAAAGCUUUUUGGGGGAGAGGGGAAGGAAGUGGAAAGAAGAUGUGAAUAUUUUAUGAUUUCCGGCAGCGUCCGCACAUAUUUGUUAUUUCGGGGGUUUCCAUGUAACUAUGUCAAUGGGCCCAAUCCGACGGCCAAUCUUGGGCCUGCGUCCUGAGGCCCACCUUUGAUAGAGAAGAAAAAAAGGUUGUGGCUGCAUUUGUAAAUAUUGACGACUGUAAGGUUGACCGGAAGUAGCAAUGUGUACAUAAUGAUGUUAUGGCAAUUAUGCUUGUUUCCCAAUAGUUCGCCUUCUCUGACUGCUGUGGCGAGUGGUAGUCACCGACCACCAGUACUGCUUAGAAUCAAACGAUCUCUCUGAUCAAUUUGUGUUCAUUUAGUUUAAAAGAUUGUAUUCCAGAGCAAGCGAUCUCUGAUUUUCUUGCGACAAAAUCACACGACAGACAGUUAUUAAAAGAGCAAGAGAAUCCGCCGCUCUUGAGUUGUACUCUGGUCUUGAUUCUAUUCUAGAGUACCAACAAGUAAAAAAGUGAUGUCUGGGAACAAAAAUCCACUCCAUAAAACUUCGUACCAUGGAACUCUUGAUCGGUGGAUCCUAUCAGAUUGCCAAACCAUCUUGACAGAAAAAUUUUCAGUCUUUUUCCCCUUCCCAUUUGACAUUUAGCCUACUACCCACAACCAUUCUAUAUUGAAACCAAUGCCUUGAUCUCAGAAGCUUUCUACACAACCAAGACCCCACCUAAUUAUUGAAUUCUCCUUCACCUAAGUAUGGAAUUCCCCAUUAAUCUCUUAGUCCAUAUCUUUCUAUCCCAGAACUAACCACAUCUCUAGAGUAGCAUGCAGAAUAACCUUGUAGAACAUGCCACAUUCCAAGUAAUUAACCCUUUCAAACCUACCCUGCCUUCCUCUUUUGGCCUGCCAGUAAUUUUCACUUCGCUUUUGCUCUACAUAUUCCUUCUCAAAAUCAAAGGAAGUCUGAACAUAUUUUAUAGGGUAAAUAAAAUAUAUUAGCCACAACUAUUAUGAAGUGGGGAAUUAUAGCCACAAUUAUGGAAAUUCAAAUUAUUAGCCAAACGUUAACUCUCUGUUAACAAUUUCGUUAGUAAUACACACUAAAAUUUUAUGUUUUAAAGUUAUAAAUUAAAAGCAUUCCGACGUGGCCGCUGCCAGGGGCGGACCUAGGCACAAGGGAGGUGUGUCAUCUGACACACCUCCGCCCGAAAAUUUUGUGAAAUACCCCUAAUUCGUCGGUACUAAAAUUUUGAUCUCGGGAUUUCCGACACACCUCUGAUCAUUGUAUCCGACACAACUCCAUUGUGUUUAUGGAAAUUUAUUGUCAUAAGUUAUCAAAAUAUAUAAAUAUAAGUUCAGGCUAGCGUACGUCCGACCACCGUACGCCAAUUGGAUUUUGGUAUUUAGAUAAAUAAUUAACCGGACUUUGAGGCAUGAUCCUAUAUCCUAACCUCUAAUGGGUGAACCCCAAUCCCUAAUUUUCUAACCCAAACUGCAAAAUUUGGUCAAUCUUAAAAUGAAACUCAACAAUCAUUUCGACGAAUCAGAAUCAUUGAUUUUCAUUUUUCAAGAUUAAAUGAAUCUUAUGUUA